AUGGCUGCCCACAAAAGAUCUACCUCAGCUGUUCCUGGCACAAGGGAAAUGUCGUAUUUCGAGCAGCAGCGCCAGGCGCUGAUAGAAGAGAUUGCCAUGAACUUCGAGCAUGUCCUGGCCAACAUAAACAAACUAAACCGGUCGCUCGAGGCCGUUAUCGCUGUAGGAAAUGAGUUCUCAUCUGUCGAGGCGCUCUGGUCGCAAUUCGAAAACGUGAUGGCCAAGGCCCCAGAAGAGGAAGCCAAUGCUAAGGCGGGAGAGGAACAAGAAGGGGAUGGGAACGCGGGGGCAGGGGACCGAGGAGCGAAUGACGCCGGCCAGGUUUGA